AUGGAUCACCACGAGUCCGCUGCCCACGAGCUGCUCGCCAUGUCGCAGGAAGAGCGCCUGCACCCAGCCGCGCGCCCGCGCCUGCCGUCGCAGGAAUCCGCCUCGGACCACAGCGCUGGCAAGAGCGACCGCGACAAGUACCAAUCGCCCAACCCGCCCUCUUCGUCCAUAACGCCGCCUCCCUCGUCGCAGGUCCCGCCUGCUCCGCCUAGCCGGACUUCCAUCCGCACUCCGACCCCGCCUACGCCCGUCUUGUCGUCGCCGCCGCCUACAUCGCGUCCCGGUACCCAGGUUGGUGCGCCCGCGCUGUCCUUCACGCUCGAGCAGAUCAAUGGCGCCGCGCCUGAGGAGCUGCGCGACAUUGCGGCAGAGCUGAUGGUCGCGCUGCGGGAGUCUCGCACCUCCGCGGCCCAUCACAAGCUUCAGUACAAUAUGCUGUGCAUGGACAGCGUCGAGGCACAGAAUCGCAUGGCCGUCGAACUUGCUAUGGCGCAGCGCGAGGUCGAAGUUCUCCAGCAGGCUGAGGAGCGGCGACGGAACGACAUCGCCUCUCCUCACCAGAGCAUGCAGCAGACGGUCAGCCCUGCAAACGCCGCCCUGUUGAACGAAAUGAGCCGACACAUCCAGAUCCUCCAGAACGAGAACGAGGAACUCAGAGACAUGUUGGACCACUCGAAACGCGUAACUGAGCGCAGGGAGGGGGAGAUUGCCGGCCUGGUCGAGGAGAAUGAGCGCCUGCGAGGCCGAAUUCGGAAGAACAGGGACCAUUUGAAUGGCAUCCUGGGGGAUGUGUACGACACUGACCAUCGCAGCAGCCUAGCACAGUGGCUGUUCCUCGUACUCCGCCAAGCUACCGCCCUGCGAAAGAAGCUCCGCGCCUCGAGCAACGAGAAUGUUAUCAACGAGUCCGACAAGGAUACUGAGAUUGACGAAUCACAAGCCAGCCAGAUGGCAUCAAUCAUGAGAGUCGCAACUCCCGGCGCGCCAUGGCUCCUCAGCGCAGCGCUCGUCGCGUUGCUGCUGCUCGCAGGCACGGCGCAUGCCUCACUGGGUGACCGUCUACCGGACUUCAAGGAUUGCGUAAAGGUGUGCACUGAAUCCAACUGCGAAGGGCCAGACCAACCGCCCAUCCCCUUCCGGCACCGGCUCCUCCUUUGGGACUGCCCAUCGGAAUGCGACUACACCUGUCAGCACAUCGUGACGGACAAGCGGCUCGCCCGGGAUCCGCCGUACCGGUCGCCGGUGCUGCAAUUCCACGGCAAGUGGCCGUUCCACCGCUUCAUGGGCAUGCAGGAACCUUUCUCGGUCCUCUUCUCGCUGCUCAACUACCUCGCCCACGCGUGGGGCAUCUCGACGGUGCGGGCCCGCAUUCCAGAGACGUACCCGCUGCGCCGCUACUACAUCGUCUUCGGCUAUUUUGGCCUGAACGCGUGGACCUGGUCGAUGGUCUUCCACACGCGCGACUUCUCCUUCACCGAGAAGAUGGACUACUUCGGCGCGGGCGCCUCGGUUCUCUAUGGCCUGUACUACACCCCGAUCCGUAUCUGGCGCUGGGACCGCUCUGAUCCGCCCUACCCUUCCGUUCGCCGUGCCUGGACUGCCCUCUGCCUACUGCUGUACGCUGCCCACGUCGCAUAUCUGACCCUGUGGAGGUGGGACUACACGUACAACAUGGCCGCCAACGUCGCCGUCGGCAUCGUGCACAAUCUCAUGUGGUCCUGGUUCGCCAUCGAGCGCUACCGCCGUCUUAAGCGCACAUGGGCCGCCUGGCCCGGUCUGAUUGUUGCAUGGAUCAUCAUGGCCAUGAGUCUCGAACUGCUCGAUUUCCCACCCUGGAAGGGCAUGAUCGAUGCCCAUAGCUUGUGGCAUCUAGGCACCGUCCUGCCCACGGUUUGGUGGUACAUGUUUUUGAUCAGGGACGCCGAGGAGGACUUACAGGGCGCGAGGUUGAAAGCGUGA